AUGGCCCCAGAUGGGCUGGACGCCUCCCACACCACAAAGCUUCACCCAUUCUUUGUCCCUGGGAAGACCGCCGAUGCACCGAGAACCGAUUCGAGUACCGACGACCAGCCUCAGUCUGUCGACAGCCCACCUUUGAAUAGUAAAUCAGUUCGAUCUCGAAAGCAGGCACCUGCAUCUCAGCAACCAUCCAGCGACAUUGAGCCAGCGUCAUCGGACAUAGGCGAGGAUGAACAAGGUCGCAAGAGGCAAAAGACCGGUGCUGGCAACCCUUCAAGUUCUGGGAAGAAAAGAGGGCGGCCCAGAAAGAAGCCAAACAUUCUAUCUGUCGAUAUUACGAGCCACUUCUCCCAGGUCAACAGCGUGCCGACGACCUCGCUUGCCAACGAAGUCCCACAAACGCCCGAUCCCGCACCAAUACAACCCGAUAUAGCUGCCCUCCCACUCAACCAGGCUCCUGUUUCCCUUUUGAACAUGAUUGAUAACCCUUCGAAUACGACUUCGAAUGCGACGAAUGCAGCUCAUAGUGCUGGAGAGGAACCCAAAAAGCCUACCAAAGUGCUCAAAUUCAACCCAAAGACCGGCACAAUUGGCUCACCUCCGAAGCCUAAACCAAGCCCUGCAGAAGCGUCCAAAAGCGCAAAGGCAUCCAAGUCACCGGCCAAACCCACCCGCAUCGUAACCAUCAAGUAUGGAAUUGACGUGGCGUCUCGCGAACGCAUAGGCUCAAAAAUUGAGCAGAUCCUCACGACUCCAACGAAAACGAACCCCCGAGGCCAUCGUGCGAAGGUUCCCAAGCAGGACCAGGACAAACCAAAAACGAAAGACACCCAUCCUCUGUUUCUAGGCAAUGCCAAGAAGGCUACGAAGCCGGUGGACGCGCCUUCCGCCGCUCCCAAACCGCCUAGAGCCACCAUCUUCUCAUCAACCCCAUGCUCUCCCAGAAAGCAGCGGCUAACCCCAAUAGCUGGCAAGAUCCAGCUUCCACAAUUCGGUGUCCGAUCUCUGGGCCUCAAAGUUCCAGGCGCCUGCCAUCCCGCAUGGCCGGCCCAGGGGAUGGCACACGUAAGGGGGCUUCUUCCCGAAGAAGAACGUCUCCCAGCUGCAAAAGACGCCCCGGUUUCGUCCCGGAAAUCCAAGGGGCAAACUACAAACAUCCACCCUGGUGAAUCUGUCAUUGACCAGCUUGCUAAAUCGCUGAACACUCUGAGCAUCAAGAAGUCAGUCCAGGAGGCUACAGAGGACUAUGAGGCGCCGCCCGCGGAGCUCCGCCUUCCUGAGAAGCACUUUGAAAGCGGUCGCAAGCUUCGGCAAAGGAUCAAGCGAGAGCUUAAAUCUGUUCUGCCAGUCAUCUCAAGUGUGGACAGUGAUGAUGAGUUGCUUACUUCUUCCAAUCGGAAACCCCAUCCUUCAGUGGCUCGCCUUUACAACAUGUUGGAAACCAAUCUCUCAGCAUAUGACAGGUCGCAAUGCGAGGACCUUUCGUGGGCACACAAAUACGCACCAAUCAGCGGAGAAGAAGUCCUUCAAUUCGAAGAGGGCGUAUUGCUGAAAGAAUGGUUGCAGACUUUAAUUGUUCAAUCAGUCAAUACAGGUGCUUCCACUGCUGACCAGAAGGCCUCCGGUCCAAAAAUGGGUUCGGCGGCAAAGAAGAAGCGGAAGCGCACCAAGAUGGAUGGAUUCAUCGUUUCGGAUGGCGAUGAAGCAGACUUCCUGCCUUCGGUCUCUGACGACGAGGAUGAAUGGCUGCCGACACCUGUUCAUGGUGGCCCGAAGAAGACUGUAGUUCGCAGAGAUGUUGCGAAAGAUGCGAGCCGCCUGACCAAUGCAAUUGUCCUCAGCGGACCUCAUGGCAGUGGCAAGACGGCUGCUGUCUACGCUGUAGCAAAGGAGCUCGGCUUCGAAAUAUUUGAGAUCAACGCCAGCAGUCGCCGCAAUGGCAAAGACGUCAUGGAGAAGAUUGGAGACAUGACGCAGAAUCACCUUGUUCAACAUAACCGCCAAGGCGGCAAGGUUGAUGCCGGGGACAACGCCGACGACGAGACAGCGAAGGACAUCAAAUCUGGCAAGCAAGGCACCAUGACAUCGUUCUUCAAGGCGAAGGUGGUUCCCAAACCAGAAGCGGUACCACAGCCCGUCGACCAGCCGUCCGAGGCACCCAAGUCAGCAAAGGCAAAGACCCAGAGCCAAAAGCAAUCGUUAAUCCUCCUUGAAGAGGUCGAUCUUCUCUACGAAGAGGACAAGCAAUUUUGGGCUACCAUCAUUAACUUGGUCGCGCAAUCCAAGCGACCAUUCGUCAUGACUUGCAACGACGAGACUCUGGUUCCAUUUCACAGCUUCAUGCUUUAUGGAAUCCUCCGCUUCACACCACCGCCAGCGCUCUUGGCGGUCGAUGUACUCCUACUUAUUGCAGCCAAUGAAGGCCAUGCUCUUAGCCGACCAGCCGUGAGUGCCCUCUAUGAAUCAAAGGGUAACGAUCUUCGAGCGUCUCUCAUGGAGCUCAAUUACUGGUGUCAGCUGGGAGUUGGUGAUCGUCGAGGCGGUUUUGACUGGUUCUACCCGCGAUGGCCAAAAGGCUGUGACAAAGAUGAGAAUGGCGACGUCGUGCGUGUAGUCAGCGAGGGAACGUACUUGGAGGGCAUGGGAUGGAUCAGCCGUGACCGAGCAGUGGUUCCCAGCGUGCGUGCUGCUGAAGAAGAGUUGGUGAGCCAAUGCUGGCAGGGCCUCGGAAUGGAUUUGAGCAACUGGCAUGAUUCACUUGACAUGGCCUCGUGGGCAGAUAGCGUGAUGACUUCUUUACCCAGCGAGAGGGCUGUCGCGCUAGACGUGUUCUCCGAGUUCUCUGAUCUCAUGAGCGCGGCUGAUGUCUGCUCUGAUGGUGACUUUGGCCUCAAGUUCCAGGAACCUCUCGAUCCCACACAGCCAGAUCUCCCUAUCAAAACCCGCGAUGACUUCAUUUUAGGCCGGCGCCUACUCGAGGCCCCAUUCCAAACUGACUACACUCGCACGGCCACCACUAUCGCCACCGGUCUCAAAUGCGCCGCUCGACAGCUUCUCCAAUCCGCACCCCUACGAAACGGCAGUGCAGUCGAUAUGGAUUAUUUCCAAGAGCACAGCGCAAUCCGCCAAAUGAAAAAGUUCUUUGUCGCUCCUUCCCGGGAAGAAGUAGUGAUCAACCGCUAUGAUAUGGCCAUGGCUUUCGAUCCCAUCGCCAUCUCCGAGAAGGCAGCGGCCAUGAUGGCCACCAGUCUCGAGCCGUCAGUUUUUGACCGUACUAUGCGUAUGAUUACCCUUGAGGUGGCACCCUAUGUGCGCAGUAUCAUAAACUACGAUUAUCGUCUCAUGCAGAAUCGCAUGCAACGGAGUGGUCUACUCAGUGAAGGCGGCAGACCAGGGAAGAGGAUGCGCAGUACUCGUGCCGCCUACUCGGCAUUGGAGGGUGUCGCGCGUGGCAACAUGCGCAAGGAGAACUACUUUGCCGCAGAAAUAAGAACUCCUCUGGUCAUGAGGACUGCAGGAGAAGGCUGGCAAGCUGCCGUGGAUGAGGCCAUGAGCUUGAUGGAGCAACCGCCAAGUCCGGCUGCCGAAAGUGAACCUUCUAUGGAACCUCCCGUGGAAGCAAAUAACACCGUUGUAUCGACCGCCGAGGAAUAG